AUGUCCUCCGGGGGGAGCGCGCCGACGCCGAUGAAGAUGGCGAACGGCGACCCCGCGCCCGAGUUCGCGGUCCGAGAGGCGAUCCGUCUCGACCUCGCGAAGAGACUCAUCGCGACGCUGGAGGCGGCGAACCUCGACGACGUCGCGACCGCGGCGCCGCUCGAUCGCGCGGAGCUCGCGCGUCAAGCGCGCGCGAAGCUGCAGUACGACUUCCCGCUGAUGCGCGCCGAGGAGCUGGACGCGCUGACCGCGGAGCUCCUGUCGGAGGAUGGGGAGGUGGGCGGCGGCGGCGAUCGUCGCGGCGGCGUCCGCGCGGCGGUGACGUCGCGGCUCGUGUCCGCCGCGAUCGAGGGCGCGUCGAGACCCGCGCCGGGGGGGUCGUCGGGCGCGCCGACGAUCGAGUCCGCGACCGCCGCCGCCGCCGCGGAGGGCGACGACGACGCGCGCGGCGACGAGGAAAAAGCGCGCGACCGCGACCGCGACCGCGACCGCGACCGCGACGCCGCCGACGACGCCGCGGCGACGGACGUCCGCGCGGCGUACCAGCGCCUGUGCGCGGCGCUGUUGAUCCACCUCCCGCUCCGCGUCGCGAGGAUGGAGGACGCCGACGCGGACGCGCUGCUGGGGGGCUACGUCCGCGAGCUCGACCCGGUCGCGGAGACGACGAACGACGACGCCGCCGACGACGCCGACGACGCCGACGACGACGCGGCGACGGCGGCGGCGCCCGCCGCCGCGCCGCCGAACGACGACGCCGAUCUCGACCCGGGGUCCGACUCCGAGGAGUGGGAACCCCUGGAGCGCGACCCGUCGACCGCGCCGUCCGCGCGCGCGCCGACGCCGCCGGACGCCGACGCGGCGAUGACUCCCGGCGACCGCGUCGACGCGAAGCUCCUGGACCUCCUCUCUCGGACGUCAUCCGCGUGCUUCUCCGACGGCGGUGAAAACGCACGGUUCACGGCCGUUUCGACCUCCUCCUCCUCCGCGUCGUCCGUCUGGGACGAUCCCACGACGACGACGGCGUGCGUGGAGCUGAUCGAGACGCUCGCGCGCGCGUCCGCGCGUCCCCGCCGAUGCGCGUGUCGCCUGCUCCCGCUGAGGACGCUUCGAGACCGCUGGGCGACGCGCGGCCCCCCCGGGGAGAGGGAUCGAGAGACGAGAGACGCGCUCCCUCGCGUCCUCGCCGCGCUCGGGUUCCGAUCGCGACGGCGCGGAGAGGCGGUGGCGGCGAGGUCGUGGUCGAGGUCGAGGUCGGACGACGACGCGAGCUCCCCGGGCGGCGCGGAGGACGUGGACGCGGCGUUGGACCUCCUGUCGACCGCGUGCGCGAGUCUCGGCGGCGUCGGUCUCGGGGCAGCCGCCGCCGCCGCCGCCGCCGUCAAAACGCGCGGCGCGUCGCCGCACGAGGUGGGCUUUAGCAGCCCCGGGCGCGCGCUGUGGUCGCACGUCCACGCGCAUCUCGGCGUCGUCGCGGAGACGUUCGAGUCCAUCGCGGAGGCGGUCACCGUGCGGAAGGCGAACGACGACGCGAGGGUCGCGGCGGCGGCGGCGACGGCGAAGGACCCCCGGUGGCGAAUGAAUUCCGCCGCGUGCGCCGUCGUCGUCGCGUUCUACGUCUCGCACGCGGGCGGGAACGCUCGCGUCGGCGAGUCUCUCCUCGAGACCGGCGCGCUGCGAGCCGCGUGCGCGUGCUUCGUCGCGAGCGGGGUCGCGUCGUCGCCCCACGCGGAGGCGCUGCGGCGGCUGCUGCUUCUCGCCGCGGCGGCGGCGCCGGAGGCGGCGAGAUGGAUCGUCGCCGUCCCCGGCGCGCGCGCGGCGGUGGAAACCGACGACGCGUUCCUCGACGGCGGCGCGCUCGCCGCGCACGGCGCGCUCUGGGAGCUCGUGCUCCCCGCGCCGGGCGCGAGCGCGACGGACGCGGAGCGCGUCGCCGCGGGGAGGAUGGCGAGGGCGCUGGACGCGGCGACGCCGGCGACGGCGGUGGCGGCGCUCAGGGUGUUACGCGCGACGCAACGCGCGGCGAAAUCGCGCGGCGGCGGCGACGGGUUAUGGCGGAAAGGCGGCGCGUUCGACGCCGCGCUGAGGGCGGCGCAGACGGCGCUCGCGAGCGCGCUCGCGGCGGCGAGCCGCGCGAGGGACGUCGAGGGCGCGAUCGGCGGACGCGCGAGGAAGACGUCCGGGAGCGACGACGACGACGCGUCCGACGACGAAUCCGACGACGAAUCCGACGCCGACGCGGCGGUGGAGGCGGGGGCGAUCGUCGCGGCUGCGGCGGCGGCGAUGGCGGACGGCGGCGGCGGCGGCGGGGGUGAUACUGACGGGGAGGCAGCGAAGCGACUCGAGGAGAGAAGCGCGAGCGCGCGAGAGGGGUUCAAUCCGGAGCUGGAGAAGGACCGCGAGGCGGCGGCGGCGGCGUUGCGGGCGUUGAAGGAAAUUCUCGGCGCCGCGGACGGCGGCGGCGGGACGCGGAAGUGCGACUGA